AUGUAAAUUAUUUUGGUUCUUGUUAUAUUGCAAUAAAAAAAAAAUAUUUUAAGAAAACGCGUGUAGCUUAUGCCUUGUGUGUUCCUCUGAUGGAUGUCCGGAGAGCGCAGAGUCCCUGUGCUAUGGUUCCGCACAACGUGGCAACUUCAAAUAUUGCAAACAUGAGAGUGAGCGUACAGUUCCUGUCAAACUACAUGCAAACACAUUUUUGCUUUAGAUUGCACCUGCAGAGUUUCUCUUGAUGGAGCCCAGAGGGCAAGGCUGGCAUAUGCCAGGUCAUCAGUACCAGUCUGGUGACAGAGAUGACCACUACAGAUCCUCCCACCAAACACCAUAUUACUACCCACCAUCAGACCCAAGAGAAAGAGAGUGGCCCCAUAUGGAUCCCCGUUAUGGAAGCUACAUGGCCAGUCCUCCUAUCCCAGAAAACACUCCUGGAUAUAGCAGUCGUCCUUUCUCUAGCCAAGGGUUUGCAUCAGACCAGCCGUUACAUGACAGACCACAUUCCAGGCAGGAAUAUGACUACUCUGCCCCCAGUUACUGGCCCUACAGACUAGACUAUGGGUAUUACAAUUAUCAUGGUUAUAACAGAGCACAAUACAGCUCCCCAGAUGGUGGUGGGUGGAGCCCUGCAGAUGGCUGGAGAGGAGAGGGGUAUCAGGUCAGAGGACUGCACCAGGAGUCUGCAAGAGUUGCAUACCCUGAUCAGCAGGGCUACAACCAUAGAACAGACGGUCAGUAUGGUCAUGGGGUAUUGGAGAGACAGCGCAGAGAAAGUAUGCAAAAUGGAGAUGGAACUGGAGAGGUGUAUGAUUAUGGAGCUCUUGCCAACUCUAAAACCUCAGGUCUGUCCUCCAGCAGCUAUGAGCUCAGCCAGUACAUCAAUGGAGCUGAUCAGAGUGAACCUGAGCCUGUAUCUCACAUAGAUUUCGAUGCUGCGGUCAUAGCCCCACUAAAGUUCUGCAUCCCCCAUGUGGCAGUGAGCUUUGGGCCUGCAGGUCAGCUGGUAUGGGUCAAUCCUGCCUUUGCCUCGCAGGGUGACCCUGCUCAAGUGGAAAUCCACAGCCUAGAGGUUAUUAUGUGUGAUACAGAGGAUCAGCAGGAUAUGAGAGACUUUCCUGGGCCACUGACCAGGGAGGAUAUGCACAAGGUGGAUGCCAUUAACUUUGCCCUUCAAAUGUCAGAGGAAUGUCUGAAGGACCAGAAGUUAGAGGAUGCCACUUCUGCUGCCCUCUUGUGGCAUCUAUUAAUACUGCUGUGCAGACAGAAUGGAAGAAUUGUGGGCUCAGACGUAGCAGAACUACUGACGAGGGACUCCAGUUCUUUGGGUGUUUGUGGGGUCUCUGGUGAACCUGCAGAUGAAGCAAGCCUCAUUGAUCUGAGUGAAACUCACACACCAGAAACAGAGACCAUCAACAUUGUUGACCUUCUGACUGGAUACCCUCCAACUGACAAAGAAUCCGAAGAGCAAAACCUUGAGAAAUAUACCAAACUAUUGCUGUCUGGCAGGAAAAAGGAGGCACUGGAGUCAGCCAUGCAGAGUUUUCUUUGGGGACAUGCCUUAUUUCUGGCCAGCAAAAUGGACAGCAGAUCCUACAACACAGUGCUAAGCAGAUUUACUGGCAGCCUGGCCCCAGCUGACCCUUUGCAAACCCUUUUCCAGCUGCUCUCAGGAAGAAUCCCAGCUGUUUCCAUGUGCUGGAGUAGUGAGAAGUGGGGAGACUGGAGAACACACUUGGCUGUAAUGCUGUCCAAUGAGACAGGAGACUCCAUCAUACAUCGCAGGUCCAUCAUCACCAUGGGUGAUACCCUAGCCUCAAGGGGUCUGCUCUAUGCCUCCCAUAUCUGCUACCUCACAGCCCAUUCCCCCUUUGGCUGGUACAAAAACAGAUCUGAACGCCUGGUGCUGCUGGGCAGCAAGCACAUCAAUCUUCCGUUUUCCAAGUUCUGUCAGAACUCUGCCAUUCGCUGCACUGAACUGUUUGAGUACUGCCAGAGGCUUGGAAAUGCUGAAUAUAUCAUCCCUGCUUUUCAGGUGUAUAAAUUCCUGUAUGCAUGUCGGCUGCUGGACUGUGGUCUUGUGUCUCAGGCUUAUCACUACUGUGAGGUGGUGGCAAAAGUGCUGCUCAGGAUUGAGGAACCCCACAUGGUGUUGCUGGAGGAGCUUAUCAAAUUAGUGGAGAGACUGAAAUUGUCUGAGGCACAGCUCAGAGAUACGGGUGUCAAUCAGCCUUUCCUCGACCCUGAUUGGCUGGUGCAGCUUCGCUGCAGACACCAGGCCAUGCAGAUGGAGAACUAUGACUGUAGUAGGACAUACCAGUCACCAGUUGUGGAGAGUACUUGUGCUUAUCAGGACAGCAACGUGUAUUCAGAUUCCCAGACAGAGGCCAUUAAUCAUGAAGAUACUGAAGAUGAUUUCUCAUACCCAUCUCAGCCUAUGAUACCACACAAUGAUGCCCUGCAUCAGAAGUCCUACACCCCAGUGAGCCAUUCGCACUCUUCUGAAGAACAGGCUCCUAAGACCGUGGCUCCAGUGCCACUGUACCCUACACAGCAGCCAGUGACACUGCCCCCAGUCUUCCCUAUGCAGACGUUUGAGCCUCUACGAGUUUCAAUGGACCAAAGUAACACUAAUCCAGAUAGCAGCCCUAAUUAUGACAUUGCUUCAUCCAGUUUGCCUCAAAGAAGCUACCGUAAUACAGGUUUGGAGUAUUCUGUUGAUGGAGUGAUGCAGGGUGCUCCUGAAAACAAUACCGUACAUUGGAAUGUUGAGCAGUCUGGAACAAUUCCAAGUGAGGACGACAAGAGAGAGGCCAACACCCAAUCCGCAAAGAGCUCAAAGUCUGCAUGGUUCAGUGGCUGGUUUAAAUCUAAGCCUAAAGAAAUCCCAAAAGAACAAAUGCCUGACUCCAGUCCCACUUCUGGGGGUCCCUAAUUAAGGUCUACUUUGGGCAAUAUUCACCAGAAGAUGGACUUCAGCAUGGUGUUGAAGACUGAUGCAUCCCAAGACUGAUGCACCCACUGAGGCCAAGCCCACCCCUGCGGUUAUUUUAAUUUUGCUUCA